GACGUUUUGUUUUGCUCGUGCAUAGGUGUGUGCGUGUGCGCUGCUAUAUUCCCGUCGCGAGGUUUUUGUGUCGGUGUGUGGUUGCGAUACAAAAUUAUAAACUUUUUGUGAAAAGGCCAAUCUUUAAAGCUUUUGGGCCCGUGCGAUCGUGGCCUUCGAAUCGUGCCGCGAAUGGAAGCAUCACCGGUCAACCACAGGCGUGCGGGUCGUGUUGUGUAAGAAGGCGGAGCGUUGCAUGGCCGGAUAGCACUGGGAUUCUGCUUCACCGAACCACACGCUCACCCCACUGAUACACCCUCCCCGGGGUUCUUUGCUGCCCGACCGAUUGGAUUGAAACGCAGGAAAAACGCGGUGUUGCAGUGUAUCCAUUGACCAACAUUGACGGACGUCGACGAAGCAGCCCGGGUUGCGAGGAAUCAUUUAUCGUGUUCUAGCCAACGGAUGACUGAGACGCACACGCACACGGCCCAGCCCUUCCAAAUGGAGUAGCUGCAAUAGCUGACACGGGGUGCACAGCACUAUCACCCCAAGCUGGUGCCGUCGCCGCUUGCUUGAUAUUUGUUCCCCGUGCGAACGGCUGUACACCCGGACCCGUGUUUUAGCAGAUCGAUUUCCUUCUUCUUCAUCAUCUAAGCGCUGACGCGGGUGUUUUAUCAUCAUGGACGCGGAUAGAGCAACCUCCUGCACGCCACCAUUACCGGCGAUAGAACGAAUACCAGUGCAACUGCUGGCCAAGCAGCAGCAGCAGCACCACUCUUCGCCGAUAAACAGAAACACAGAGCACGAUAGGAAAAAGUCACCUCCAGCAGCAACGAAAUCAUCCACCAUCGAUCGGCACGACGAUGUUACGGAAGCGCGCAUCCGAGGGCCUGCUUCAGCGGCAACAGAAUCGGUGUCGGCGGAUGGGGCGGACUGUCGAGAUGAGAAACGCAAGAAAGGUGGCACGAAAUCGAGCCGUGAUUCAAGCGCAUCGAAGGAGUCGCUGAAAAGCAGUGAGUACAGAGAGUGGAAGAUGAAGAUUCAGCACAGCGAAACCGCCGAUUCAGAUGUGACCGCCAAAUCGCCAUCGAAUAAGAAAGAAAAACAAUCCUCCCAAGACCAAGACAAUGGGACGGAUCGUCAGCGCAGCCGGCAUCAUCAUCACCGGCGGAAAUCCAGCACCCGCGACGAUGAUUCACCGGACGACGAGGAGAAGCAGCGCGGCAACCACCGGCCCGACGGCGAGCGGAAGAAAAAGAAGCCAAAAAAGGAUCGAUCGGGGUCUCGCGAGCGAAAAAAGAAACAUUCCCGCUCGCGGUCGCACAGUCGUCGUUCUACCACUGCUACAAGCCUUACCCACCAGCGGGAUGAUGUCGGCAACAGCAAAUGGGAUCACGAACGCAGUAUUAGUCCACUAAGAGAUGGCGGCCCCCGGGGGUGGGACCAUGGCCGGGGUGAGUUUGGUUUCAACAGUCGCAAUCGCAAUGCGUUCCGGCGCCGCUUUGCGGAUGGGCAGCGCAGAAAUGGGCCAGCGUUCCUGCAGCAGCGCGUUCAGCGCGCAGCGCCGCCGGUACGCACCGGGACCGAUCGGAUACUAUCGGCGCUCAGGUACACCAAGGUUAGUCCGGUAAUUAGCUGGCAGGAAUGGUUGGUACCGACGGAAGAGCCCAAAGAGAAGAAGAUGAAACAUUCGCCAGUCACCAAGAUACAACCGAUCACACCGGCGAUAGCGGCCCUGCAGGAGUACGACGAAAGCGAUGGCGGUGAUUCGUCCACUUCGUCCGCUUCUUCACAUACGCAUACACCUAAAACCGCGAACCAUCGUAAUGCCUCACCGGAAAAGGAUAAGCUGCUACCCAAACGGAUCAAACAGGAAAAGGGCUCGAAUGAUGAGCGGGAGACAGUGGACGCGAAUCAAGACAUCCCAGUUCAGGUGGACUGUAGUAUUGUGAAGCAGGAACCACUAACGGAAGAAGACGACGAGCAGAAAUCGAUAGUGGAAAAGGCAAAGGAAGAAACGGUAGGCACGACGAAGCCAAAGUUUAGCUGCUCCUUUCUGGACGAUCUGUCGAGUGGCAAACUGAAGCCUCUGCCCGAACUUUCGCCCGACGUGAAGGAGCACGUCGAUCGAAACCGACGGGCCGAAAGCCAAUCUCCGGACACGGACGACUACGCAUCCAACUGGGAAACGGAAGGGCUCGGUAUGAGCCCUUCGAGACCGAGAUCACCCACACCCAUACUGAAGCCGGUCUCGCCACGGACGCCAGAACUACGGAACAGGCGCGAAACGAAGGAGCUGGUAAACGGAGCGCCGGAGGAAAAGCGUGCCCAUCUAAAGCCGCGCAGCAUGCACGAGGAGAUAAUCCCGCUAGAUGAUUUGUUGAACGUGCAGAACCAGCUCAAAUCGUACCAAUCGAAGCUGGAGGAAAUGCAAAAGUUGAAGGGGCUGCGGAAGCGUGACUCACCGCCGGAUGAGAAGCUGGCCGAUGAGUAUAAAAACUUCAUGCAAUCGCUCGGUCAGGAGGGAGAUGGAGAGAACGCGGAGGAGGAGGCAGGUGGAUCCAGUUCGAGCAGUUCGUCCAGCAGUUCAAGCAGCUCGUCGUCCGAUUCUUCCAGCUCGUCCGAUUCUUCCAGUUCGUCCGAUUCCGACUCAUCCAGCUCCAGCUCCGAUACGGACUCGGAACAAGAUUCGGACGUGGAGAAAGAGCCAGAAUCGCUCGCUAAGAGCGUUGCGGAGCAGCCGCGUACUGAUCUCGAAGAGCCGCGUACACCACCGCAUCGGCCGGACCACGUUAUACCGCCGGACUAUCUGCUUCCGUGCGUUACUGACCCAGCGCAGGCGUCGUCCUGCACGAAAAUUUACAACAUCCGGGACGAUUCGGUCUCGACGGAAGCGACCCCGGUCAAACCGCUCGAGCUAGAUCGGGAGAUGCCGAUCAAGUUGAAACUCCCGUCAAAGCACCGAAUUCUACCGACGGCCGGUGCUUCGGCACUGCUUGGCCACGAGGACGACGAAGAUCCGCGCAAACCGGCAGCCACAGAACAGCAAUCAAGCAACAAACAAUCGAACCACAGCAGGGAACAAACGCGAAGGCACUCGCGUGAGCGUUCGCAUAACCGGAAGCGUAACUCAUCGAGGCGCCGGUCGCGUGACCGUAGUCCAGACCGGAAACUGCGCGACACGGAUAAACGAUCUUCGCGCAGGCGAUCGAAUUCAUCGCGCAGUCCACCGUCGUCGCAUCGUGCGCGAACGCGCAGCAGUCCACGCGGCAGCAGAAAGCGAUCACUGUCCCGAUCGCGCUCACGCUCUCGCUCACGGUCCCGCUACCGUAGCCUAAGCCCAUCGCAACGUCGUCCACCGAGUCCGCGGGGACGUAGCAGUCCGGCAGGAAGGAAUGCGGGCCAUCGUGCACGGCGACGCUAUUCCGUCGAUCGGUAUACCACCGGAUCGGGACAUCGCCGUCCACCGUCACCGAUGGACGCACCGCCGCCGAUGAUGGCACACGGCACGGAGAAUCAGAUCGACAUCAUCACCAGCACGGGUGUACGGGUUUCACCCAACGUGCAUUCGCCUGUGACCGGGUACAAGAAGAGUUUGGCCGACUCGACUAUUAGCGAUGCGGAGCUGGAAUGUCAGAAGCCACCGGCCGGAGGCAUGUACCCGAAGCCGGGCAAUUACGCUUCCUACUACGCAUCUUCCGGUGAGAUGCUUCACGGCUCACCCGGAGCAGGUGCUGGUGGUAUUGGUGGUGGUCCGUCGUCAAAAGUGGACGGUGGUGAGGAGGGUUCGCCCAAGCGCAUCUCGCUCGAUGAUCGCAUUAACAAUAUUGUGCUAGGGAUAAAUGGCCAGAUGGAUGGGAAGCAGCAAAUGCCACAACAAACGACGCCAUCUGGGAAGCAUCAUCCCCAUCACAUGCAUCAUCAGCAUCAUCAGCAGCACCACGGUUAUCACGGUGAAUACGGUCACGCUUCCCAUGACAUUUACCCGCGGCAUCAUUUACCACCCUCGACGCACAUGAACUAUCCGGGGGGGUAUGGUGGGCCGGAGUACGGUGCACCGUCUCCGUACGGCUAUGGACCACCGCGCGGGCCUCCCGGCAGUGCCAAUACCAGUACCGCCGCGAGUCCCUACUAUCCCGGCAGUCGUGCUGGACCACCGCCAUCGUGGGCCCCGCGCAGUCACCCGUACCAGGGUUAUCCGAUGGCGUUCGUAGGCCCACCGCUAAACGUUAUUCGGUCGGGCGAUCCGUACCGAACACCGUACGCCGGCACACCGGCAGCCGGAGCACCACCACCAGCGGACGCCACCAGCUCCAAAUCUCAGGUCAAGCAGGUCGGUAACGUGUUGGAAAUCGUUCCCUCCAGUACGCCGCUGCUCGCAACCACCGCAAAGCCUCCCGACAGUGGCAGUGACCCGUCCGCGGCGACAGCUCAGGGUGGGCCACAGCAGGACACGGCUGCCGGUACCGGCUCUGACCAGCAACAGCCGCCGUCCACCGCAUCUGCAUCCUCGGCGCUCGUGACGCCGAAAAUUCUGUCCGCCGAAGAGCUGCAGCAGCGGCACGAUCGUCGGGUCGAGCUGAAGCAGAAGGUACGCACCGAGCGGGAGAAAAAACGGGUGGAAAAGCGUCAGCGGAAGGAGCGUCUCCGGCAGGAAAUUACACGCCUGCUCGGUUCGAAGAUGAUGAUCGGCGGUUCCUCCUCCCUGGCGACGGCGGCGUCGAUCGCUGGUGAGAGCGGUACGAGCGGGCGGGACGGCGCUUUGGGCGAUACGAUCGGUGGCGGAUUGGUGGUCGGUGGUAGUGGUGGGGGCAUUGGUGGUGGUGGUGGUGGCAGUGCCUCAUCCGAUGAGGAGUUCGAAACGAUCAAGCAAGCCGAUCUGAUCGCAUCGCUUGGCCGAUCGUACGAAAAAAGUAUUCUCAAAACGGCCAAACCGAACGUUGUCGGUGGUGUGAGUGGUUCCGUGACGGUGAAGAAGUCGGUACUGUUUGCGGACGGUGUGGCACCCGGCGACGAAACGUCCUCGUCCGGCGAGGACACCAAGCCGGACCGCACGUCGCCGAACAAACUGUCCACGGCGAAGCUGCGGAAAAAGAUGCGUCGUCAGCGUACGCUCAAGUUCGCCGGCAAGAAGCGGCUGAUCGAUAGGUUAAAGCAACCGGAACUCGACGAGGAAGCGGAAGACGUUGAUCCUGAGCUGGAGAAUCUCCCGGUACCACCGCCUCCGCCCGGCUCACCACCACCCGAACUGCAGCAACCGCGGUGUCUCAAUCCACCGGUCGUCCGCAUGAUCGAUUUCCGGGAAGGUGGUUUCCACGGCAUCGGUCUGUCCGUGCCGGGCAUGGUACCGCCGGUGAUGCAUCUGCCCGGUGCGAACGGUGCACCACCACUAGCGGGGCUACCGCCUCCACUGCCAGUACCCCCGGUGACGAUGCCAGUGUCGGGCGGCCCGGUGGGGCCAGUCACCGGUCCCACCCCAUCCGCCGGCUACCGACAUCCGAAUCUGCCGCCGCACCACUUGCUGCCUUCUCAUCUCGGUGCACAGCGGCCGGCCUCCCCCCACGGUACCCUACCCCUUCACCAUCACCCCCAUCCCAUCCCGCCACCUUCGCACCAUCUGCCGUACCAUCAUGCCGGGCCGCAUGGGCCGCUUCUGGUGCCGCCACCGCACCACGCCGUCUAUCCACCGCAGCAAACGUUGUCCUCCUCGGCGCUCAUCACAAUCACCAGCGGUAAAAAGCGUCCCACAACCGCCACCGGCAACGGCGGGGCGCAUCCAAUCGAGUCGAUCGUGUCGAGCGUACCCACACCGUCCCCGAUGGCGAGCAACAAUGCGGCCGGUGGUGGUGUGAGUGCAAUGUUCGAUGGAACACCACCGGCGUGAUCGUCACCAACCAGAAACAAGAACGCAGAACCCAGCCGAGCGUUUCCAGCGUGUUAGCUUGUACUCUUUUUUUUAAAACAAAAUGCUUUUUUUUAAUCUUAAUCCUAACAACACUAACCUUCCCGGCGCGGGGGUUUGUUCGUGUUGCUGAAAUGUUUUAGUCGUGUACAGGAUUCUUUUAAACGAAGGUACGUUUAUAUUUAAUGUUUAGUUUAGUUUUGAGCCCCCCCCUUGUAUCCGGCCGGUCGAGGGCAGGAGGUUGUCGGAGGUGCGCCGGACCGUAGUUUAAUUUGUAGGUUAAUUUAGCGCAAAAAGGAGUAUGUGUUUUUAGACCGGGACCCGGCAGGCAAUCGUUGUUUCGCGAACAAAAUCAACCCCCAACUCACAGCUUGCAGAACGAAUCCCCGAAGCCUAGCGUUAAGCGUUUUGCCCUCGUCCCAUGAGACGUAUGAGAGAGGAUAGAUGCGGUACGAGAUGCAGUGGAAGAUGCAAAAUGCAGAAAUGAAUGAUCAGAUGUACAUACGUAUAUAAGUAAA